AUGAAGAAAGAGUUGGGAAAUAAUUCUGUUUUCUGUUAUUUUAUUCUCUUCUGGUUCCCUACAGUUCUUGUUUGCUAUAUGCACAACCACAAUCAUUCUACCAAGAUGUCUCCUUUAUCAAUAGUUACAGUCCUGGUGGACAAGAUUGAUAUGUGUAAACACAGCUUAAGCCCUGAACAAGACAUUAAGUUCACUGGCCAUGUUAGCUGGGUUGGAAAUACAUCCAUGGAAGUGAAGAUGAAAAUGUUCCAGCUGCACAAUGAUGAGAAAUAUUGGCCUACUUUGGAUGCAACCUUUGUAAUGGUGGCUCGAGAUUCUGAAAAUAAGGGCUUUCUUUCUUCACAGGUAUGCUUCACCCAGGACAAUUACAUUCAAGUCAGAGUCCAUAGUGAAGUGUCCUCUCUUGACAGUCGUGAGCACAUGACCACCAAUGUCUUUCAUUUUACAUUCAUGUCGGAAAAAGAAGUGCCCUUGAUUUUCCCUAAAACAUAUGGAGAGUCCAUGUUGUAUUUAGAUGGACAGCGACAUUUCAAGUCUAUGAGUACCCCAGUGGCCUUGAAAAAGGACUACCCUGUGGAGCCCUAGGAAAAUCUCACUUGUUGAAAACCAGCACUCCCGGUACUGUGACAUGGUGCCUAAUAAAGGCGUGCUGAGAAGUAUGGAUGUUCACUUUGCUUUUAUUAUCCUCCAUCGAGGGGGUUAUAUUUCAGCUUUUAGAAUGAUUGGAAANGCUGAGGGGUGAAAGAAUGAUUAAACAAUAAAA